CCUCCAGGACCUCCAGGACCUCCAGGGUCUCCAGGGCCUCCAGGACCUCCAGGACCUCCAGGGCCUCCAGGACCUCCAGGGCCUCCAGGACCUCCAGGACCUCCAGGACCUCCAGGGCCUCCAGGACCUCCAGGGCCUCCAGGGUCUCCAGGGUCUCCAGGGCCUCCAGGACCUCCAGGGUCUCCAGGACCUCCAGGACCUCCAGGACCUCCAGGACCUCCAGGACCUCCAGGGUCUCCAGGGUCUCCAGGGCCUCCAGGACCUCCAGGACCUCCAGGGCCUCCAGGACCUCCAGGGCCUCCAGGACCUCCAGGACCUCCAGGACCUCCAGGGCCUCCAGGACCUCCAGGGCCUCCAGGGUCUCCAGGGUCUCCAGGGCCUCCAGGACCUCCAGGACCUCCAGGGUCUCCAGGACCUCCAGGGCCUCCAGGACCUCCAGGGUCUCCAGGACCUCCAGGGCCUCCAGGACCUCCAGGGUCUCCAGGACCUCCAGGACCUCCAGGACCUCCAGGACCUCCAGGACCUCCAGGACCUCCAGGGUCUCCAGGACCUCCAGGACCUCCAGGACCUCCAGGGCCUCCAGGACCUCCAGGGCCUCCAGGACCUCCAGGGUCUCCAGGACCUCCAGGACCUCCAGGACCUCCAGGGUCUCCAGGACCUCCAGGGUCUCAAGGACCUCCAGGGUCUCAAGGACCUCCAGGACCUCCAGGGUCUCCAGGACCUCCAGGACCUCCAGGACCUCCAGGGUCUCCAGGACCUCCAGGGUCUCAAGGACCUCCAGGGUCUCAAGGACCUCCAGGACCUCCAGGACCUCCAGGACCUCCAGGGCCUCCAGGACCUCCAGGGCCUCCAGGGUCUCCAGGGUCUCCAGGGCCUCCAGGACCUCCAGGACCUCCAGGACCUCCAGGGCCUCCAGGACCUCCAGGGUCUCCAGGACCUCCAGGGUCUCAAGGACCUCCAGGGUCUCAAGGACCUCCAGGACCUCCAGGACCUCCAGGACCUCCAGGACCUCCAGGACCUCCAGGGUCUCCAGGGUCUCCAGGACCUCCAGGGCCUCCAGGACCUCCAGGGUCUCCAGGACCUCCAGGACCUCCAGGACCUCCAGGACCUCCAGGACCUCCAGGGUCUCCAGGACCUCCAGGACCUCCAGGACCUCCAGGACCUCCAGGACCUCCAGGGUCUCCAGGACCUCCAGGGCCUCCAGGACCUCCAGGGUCUCCAGGACCUCCAGGACCUCCAGGACCUCCAGGGUCUCCAGGACCUCCAGGACCUCCAGGACCUCCAGGGUCUCCAGGACCUCCAGGGUCUCAAGGACCUCCAGGGUCUCAAGGACCUCCAGGACCUCCAGGACCUCCAGGACCUCCAGGGCCUCCAGGACCUCCAGGGCCUCCAGGGUCUCCAGGGUCUCCAGGGCCUCCAGGACCUCCAGGACCUCCAGGACCUCCAGGGCCUCCAGGACCUCCAGGGUCUCCAGGACCUCCAGGGUCUCAAGGACCUCCAGGGUCUCCAGGACCUCCAGGGUCUCCAGGGUCUCCAGGACCUCCAGGACCUCCAGGGUCUCCAGGGUCUCCAGGACCUCCAGGGUCUCCAGGGUCUCCAGGACCUCCAGGGUCUCCAGGGUCUCCAGGACCUCCAGGACCUCCAGGACCUCCAGGGUCUCCAGGGCCUCCAGGACCUCCAGGGCCUCCAGGGUCUCCAGGGUCUCCAGGGCCUCCAGGACCUCCAGGACCUCCAGGACCUCCAGGACCUCCAGGGUCUCCAGGGCCUCCAGGACCUCCAGGACCUCCAGGACCUCCAGGGUCUCCAGGGUCUCCAGGACCUCCAGGACCUCCAGGACCUCCAGGGUCUCCAGGGUCUCCAGGGUCUCCAGGGUCUCCAGGACCUCCAGGAUCUCCAGGGUCUCCAGGACCUCCAGGACCUCCAGGACCUCCAGGACCUCCAGGACCUCCAGGACCUCCAGGACCUCCAGGGUCUCCAGGGUCUCCAGGACCUCCAGGACCUCCAGGACCUCCAGGGUCUCCAGGGUCUCCAGGGUCUCCAGGGUCUCCAGGACCUCCAGGAUCUCCAGGGUCUCCAGGACCUCCAGGGCCUCCAGGGCCUCCAGGGCCUCCAGGGCCUCCAGGGCCUCCAGGACCUCCAGGGCCUCCAGGACCUCCAGGGUCUCCAGGACCUCCAGGCCCUGGCCAGCUGGUCUUCUCAGGGUUCCAGGAGGACCUGCUGAGGAGCUUGUUGAUGGGAUCCAGACCGGAGCUCAGCCUCAGGCCUCCAGGGCCUCCAGGGCCUCCAGGACCUCCAGGGUCUCCAGGGUCUCCAGGACCUCCAGGACCUCCAGGACCUCCAGGACCUCCAGGACCUCCAGGGUCUCCAGGACCUCCAGGAUCUCCAGGAUCUCCAGGGUCUCCAGGACCUCCAGGGUCUCCAGGGUCUCCAGGGUCUCCAGGGUCUCCAGGACCUCCAGGGUCUCCAGGACCUCCAGGAUCUCCAGGAUCUCCAGGGUCUCCAGGGCCUCCAGGACCUCCAGGGUCUCCAGGACCUCCAGGGCCUCCAGGGUCUCCAGGGUCUCCAGGACCUCCAGGGUCUCCAGGGUCUCCAGGACCUCCAGGGCCUCCAGGACCUCCAGGGUCUCCAGGGUCUCCAGGGUCUCCAGGACCUCCAGGGUCUCCAGGGUCUCCAGGACCUCCAGGGCCUCCAGGACCUCCAGGGUCUCCAGGGUCUCCAGGACCUCCAGGACCUCCAGGGUCUCCAGGGUCUCCAGGACCUCCAGGGUCUCCAGGGUCUCCAGGGUCUCCAGGGUCUCCAGGGUCUCCAGGGUCUCCAGGACCUCCAGGGUCUCCAGGGUCUCCAGGAUCUCCAGGGUCUCCAGGACCUCCAGGAUCUCCAGGAUCUCCAGGGUCUCCAGGGCCUCCAGGACCUCCAGGGUCUCCAGGGUCUCCAGGGCCUCCAGGGUCUCCAGGACCUCCAGGGCCUCCAGGGCCUCCAGGGUCUCCAGGGUCUCCAGGGUCUCCAGGGUCUCCAGGCCCUGGCCAGCUGGUCUUCUCAGGGUUCCAGGAGGACCUGCUGAGGAGCUUGUUGAUGGGAUCCAGACCGGAGCUCAGCCUCAGGGUUUCUGCUGUUUCCAUGUCAGCGAGAGCAGUUCUCAUCCGGGGGAGUCCGGCGUGGACCGCCUCCCUCUGGGAAGGCCUCUGA